AUAGGUUCUAUGUAGUACGAGCCAGAAAUGGCGGCCUCCACAAAACAAAGUCGAGUCAAUGUAAACAAGACAAUUUGCGAACCAAAAUAUAAGAAUGUUUGAAUUUACAUAUUUACAGCUUGUCAUUUUGGAUCGAAAAGUCGUCACAUCGUUAUUUGCUUGACAAAUUGUUAAAUAAUUCAUUUAUAUAUAUCCUCCAGGGCUUCUUACAAUCUUAGACCUAGCUAGGUAGGCUAGGCCUAGGCCUAUUUUUUCUCCACCUGACACCAGUUGAGUCGAGGUGCUGCUAGCUUAUGCCUGCCUUGGCUAAAGGAAAAGGCCAAGGCUGAAAUACCAUGAAUUAUUGAAUUGUUAUAUCUGUAUAGGAUUGUCUGCAAGAAAGUGAAGCUUAUAAACAUUUCCAGGCUCAAAUGCAGUAAAUAAUAAUAUUGUAAACCUGAUUGAAUAAUGGAGUUUCCGACGUUCAAUUAUCCAAAAACAUGGCGAAGAACUGCUGAUAACAUCCCUAGACUUUGUGAUGAUUAUGGUUGUUAUGGAGCUGUCAGUAUUACCAAGACUUCUGCUACUAGUAAGAGAAAGGACUACGAUGAUACAAAACAAUCUGAUUACAAAUUUAAAUUUAAACGGAUUUGUGGAAAACAUAGCAAUUGUAACUACAUUGCUACAUCUUCAACUCUGCCAUUGCUUCAUCCAGAUGAAGAUCCAGGAAUACCAGAUGUGUCAAUUAAGGAUCUCUUUCAGAACAGGUCAAAAAAUAGAAGGCAGCCAACCAGAGUCAACCGAGCUGCACAGCAGGCUGCCUACUUUGUUAGGAAAUAUCCCGAGAUUGCAUUUGAAAGCAGUCAGACUCUGCUAAAAGGCUGUUUCAGAACAAGAAACAUGAAGCGAAAGAAGAAGGCAUACAGUCAUAAAUACAAAGACUCACUGGUACCCUUGGUGAUUGGAAACAUCAAGGCCAAAAAGUCAUAUGAGCUGUUUGGUGAUGUACUUUAUGAUAUACAACCUGAUUUACUUCAGUCAUUGUUACACGAAGAAAUUGAAUCCCUGUCUAAAAAAAUUGUAAACUAUCCAUUAUACUGUGGUGGUUGUAUUACUUACCAGCAAAUGAGCAAGCAGUUUGGGAUCAUUGUCAGUGCUUGUGGUCCACCAAUGGAUGUGCUCAAAAUACAACCAAUAGUAAUUGAGAAAACAUCUAAUUCAGUUUCAUCAUCAUCAAAGCAAUCUAAUCCCUCAGAUGUUGAAACUGUGAUGGCAUCCCAAAAUAUCCCUACCACAUCUACUAAAACAUCUGAAGAUGUUUCUUUUGUAUCUUCAUCAACAACUUCAAAAUCUCCUGCUUUACCCUCAAAGACAUUGCCAAGUACCCCUCCAUUGUCACCUAUAGCAUCUCAAAAUCCAUUGGCACCCUCUGCCACUGAUGCUACAAGACCCUCAACAUUAAAAGAUGAAGAUGUUGAUUAUACAAUAGUCACCGAGGAAGACCCACAUCUGAUUGCUCUUCAAGGCGUUAUCAGACAAAUCACGUCCAGCAGGACAUCAACUCAAGAAAUUGUUUACAUAGGAAUAAGAACUGACUAUCACUGCCACAUCAUCACAACAGAAUAUACUGGUGACCAGCUGACCUUUCAGAUUCUACACACGGUUGAAUUUCAGUAUCAACUCACAUACAUUGCAUUAAGUCCAUUUAUUCCUGGUGAGUGUGUUGUAACAUUAGAAAAUGGUGGAAUUGAUUUAAUUACAAGCAAUAAAGGGUGUUGGAAUGGAACCAUCUUCUAAAGAUGCCUCCAAUCUGUAUGGAUAUUUUUGCACCAGCAGUUGGCGACCAUAUUGUUGUUGUAGCAUCAUAUGGUUCUUGUGAAGCACAUUGCUUCCAAUUUGAAGUCAAGAAAUCAAAGCCACCAAGUGCUGUCGGAUCAGCUUGGAAAGUAGCUUCCGUCAUUGGUUGGUUAUCUCUUUUGCCUUCCCUACCAUCGCCAAGCAAUGUUCUUGUUGCAGCUAAUAAGCGACUACAAAAGCCAUUCAUCGGAGUUUCCACCAUCGAACACCAGUCCCCAGAACACCCAGGAUUCACUAUUCUUAUGACAAAUUCAAUUGGUGAUGUGUUUUACCAGACAUAUAUCUCCCAUAGUCAUCAACUGGCAUUGGAUAAAACUCAAAAUGUGGGACCUGGAUGUCCGAAGAUUGAACUGAACGAGGCUUCAAUUAACAAGUGCUAUGACUGGUUGGAUGCCCUGACAGCUGACUACCAGAAAAAGCCAUCAAAUGAUGGAUGCCUGGCAGAUUUAAAAGAAACAGAUGCCUCAGAUCUAGUCCAGGAAAUGUUUUUAGAAGUUGAACCUGCCCCUGGAUGUCCCUUCUGUUGUCAAGAGCCAAUCAGAACAAACUAUGAUCACAUAACCCCAUCAAAAUGUCCAGCAUGUGGCCUUCAUCCAGAUGUCUCUUGUAAUCUCUUGGAAAAAUAUUAUACAGGUGCAUGUGUCCUAACCAAGAAGAGUCUGGAAAUUUCGGAUGAGGAGGAGGUCGAUGACGUAAUCGCCGACGACUUGUAUGUGAAGCCGGGAGGUCCUAAUGAGGAUGAAGUGGGGCGUACACUUUGGAACUUGUGGAAGGGACCUGAUGAUGAGCAAAAUGACUCAAUCACACGUGCAAGUCCAAGAAAAUCUAUCAGACAAACUACAGCUGUCAGUCACCAACAAGAAGUCCAUGGGACAACAGGGAAGCGAACAAGUCUGCCUGACACAGACACCACAGACAGGCCUUCACAACGACCUCCAAGCUCCCAGCAAGAGGAGAAUGAAGUGCCAUCGCAAGCUCCCCAGUCCCAGGAGCCCUUCUCCCAGCAGAGUAUUGAUUUAUUCAGUCAAUCGGAAUCCCAGCCUUUAUCUCAGAAUGUUCGAAGGUCUGAACGAAAACGAAGACGACCAGCAAAGUUACGAGGUGUAAUGGGAUUUUGAAUUGAACUAUCUGGCGUUCUUUGUAGAGACUGUCUGAACACCGCGCAAACUAAGGAAUGGAACUUAACACCAGUGAACUGUAAUAAUUGUAAUUUUAGGUAUGCUUGUAAAAAAAAUGUACAGUAAUAUAUAAGGGUUGGGGAGAGGUUAACAGUGUUUGUACACUUUUAUAAGGAAAGAUAAAAUGACGAUCGCAAACAGUCACCAUUUUAUAUAGUACUCUUUCAGAGAGAAGAGGGAAUGGAACUUAACACCAGUGAACUGUAAUAAUUGUGAUUAUAGGUAUGCUUGUAAAAAAAAUGUACAGUAAUUAUAGUAUUAAUUAUAUUGGAAUUUUUAAUGUUUUAAAUGACAAUGAUGCUUUGUCUUAUGAAUAAGGAAAGCAAUUUUAAAUGAUUUUGCAUUACCAAUUUAAGAAAACAAUACAUAAUUUAGAUUAUUUGAAUCAUACAAAACAGCUGUCCUUUCUCUAUUUCAUGGAACUUCAAUUCUAUAGAUUAUUUUAUCCUCAUUUAAAUUAAUUAAAAAAAAUAUGAAAGAUUGAAUAAUUAAGUCAUUUUUAAUAAAAUAUUCUUUAUAAAACCCAAGUUUUUUUUAACUUCCCUUUUUAUAUAGUUUUUAUACCCAGGGAUGCUCUAGAGGGUGCAUUACAUUGCCAAAAAUUAACUACACUCUGUAACUAUAAAACUGUACGUAUGUAAAUACUAAUUAGCUCAUAAUAUACCUAUGAAAAUGAGAUAAAGAUGUUGGGUAUUUAGCUCACAACAUAAAUAUACAACUGAGAUAUACAUGAUUAGCUCUAGCAAUGUAAGAAUUACUGGUGUAGAUAAUAAUCUCAAAACCCUAAGCAUUACCUGGCAAUUGACUUUUCCGGGGUGUCAAUCAAAUUUAAUAACAACUGACCAAUCCUAUGAAACUGAGAUACAGGUGUUUAAAUAAUUAGCUCUAGCAAAUAAGAAUUAUUUGUGUGGAUAAUAAUCUCAAUACCCUAAACCAUUAGCUGGCAAAUUGACUUUUCUGGAGUGUCAAUCAAAUGAAACACUUGACCAAUCAGAACAGUGUCAGGAAUACGCGCUUAUGCAACAAACACACGUUUAUGUAAGUUUUACGCUAUUGUUUUGUGGGACCUUGGCAACAAUAUCCAAGGGAGGGGCUUAGUGGAAAAGUCCAUUAUUACAUCAUCUUGGUAGUGAAUCGACACUUCACACAGGCAAGUUAACAUACAGCAUAUCAAAUGCCUGCGAAUUCUUGGUGUGAAUUAGGUGGUCAACAUAAUGCGCAUGUGAUGCGCUUUGAAUUCCGGAAAUCACAGCAUGAAAGAUAAAUCAAAAUGCACGUAAUGUACUAGCGUAGUUUCACAGCUCAAUUAUCUAAACAAGGGCAUCGAAAGUAAAUGUAAAUUGUUCUUGUUAUAUAGGAACCUGCGGCAGCUUACCUGCAGUACAUACCAUGGUCUUCUAUUGUACACCAGGAAAGCUCCCUUAUACUUCGUGAAUAGUGUAAUGAGGUAUUUUUCAUGCACAUGGGACUAAUGGCUUAACAUCCAACUUAAGGGCAAGAUAGAGCAGAGUGUCUUUUAACAUAAGGACACAAGCAGGUUUUGAAACUUAAGUCUCUUUCACUCCAAAGUCAAAUCCCUUGCCGCUGCAAAUCACCCCAUUAUUUGUAGCUCAGAUAUGGCUAUCAUUUGUUCUAACUUUUGACUGUGUUUGGUUUAUUUUGGAAGCAUUGCAAGAAGCACCGAGGCUGAGGUUCUUCAGCAGAAUACAUCUUGAAAAACUGUGUAUUAUUAUCAUCUUGUGAUGCAGGUGGGGGUGCAUCAGAAUAUACAAAAGCAAUGCUGUUUAUAACACAGUAAUAGCUUAAAAGGUUCCUUUAGACUUUAUUACUAUUAGCUGGCCAUAUCUAGUUCUUCAUUGACUCCAUGGUCAAUGCAAUACUUGCUUCUGCCUUCAUGUUCAUCUCACGACAUUCACCCAAGAUGUCUGUUAAGAUAAAAUAUUGUUUAAACUGUGUCAAAUAGAAUAUUCUUAAAUGUGGCAGAGCCAAGCCAAAUGUUUAAUAUGUAUAUUUUAGAGAUAAAAAAAGAAUCGCAAAAAAAGACCGAUUUCACAUUUGUGCAUUUACAGCAUAGAAAAAACUGCCUGUGCAACUUAUCCCUCCUUUGGAUUGGUUCUGCCACAAAUAGGUCACUUGUUUGAGAUACUAGACAUUUUGUUUGUACUGUAUAUUUUUUUUUAGUUAAUAAAUCCAACAGAACAUCGAU